ACUUCUCAUUUUCACUUAUCACACAUAGAAACCCAAAAACAAAGCAUUCUAAAAUCUCACAAAUUUCACGAAAAUGAUCUCAACGGCAGAGACACAGUCAACUCCAGUGCAAGUCACGGACGACGAAACUGCCCUCUUUGCCAUACAGUUAGCCAGUGCCUCAGUUCUCCCUAUGGCUUUAAAAUCAGCUAUAGAGCUCGAUCUUCUCGAGAUCAUGGCCAGGAACUGUUCUCCCAUGUCUGCAUCUGAGAUCUCUUCUCAUCUUCCGACCAAAAACCCCGAAGCUCCGGCCAUGCUUGAACGUAUCCUCCGUCUUCUUACGGCUUACUCCGUCCUCACUUGCACCGUCCGUACGGUUCAAGACGGCGUCAACCGGCUUUACGGGCUUGGGCCGGUUUGCAAGUAUUUCACCAAGAACGAAGAUGGUGUCUCGAUAGCUGCUCUUUGUCUCCUGAAUCAUGACAAAGUCUUCAUGGGAAGCUGGUACCAUUUGAAGGAUGCAAUUCUUGAUGGUGGGAUUCCAUUCAAUAAAGCUUAUGGCAUGAGCGCGUUUGAGUACCAUGGGACUGACCUUAGCUUCAACACGGUGUUCAACAAUGGAAUGUCUAACCAUUCCACUAUCACCAUGAAGAAGAUUCUUGAGACCUAUAAGGGCUUUGAGGGUUUGGUCUCCUUGGUUGAUGUCGGAGGUGGCAUUGGUGCUACUCUAAAAAUGAUUGUCUCUAAGUACCCUAAUCUUAAAGGCGUCAACUUUGAUCUCCCUCAUGUCAUAGUAGAUGCUCCAUCUCAUCCCGGUAUUGAGCAUGUUGGAGGAGAUAUGUUUGUAAGUGUCCCCAAGGGUGAUGCCAUUUUCAUGAAGUGGAUAUGCCAUGACUGGAGUGACGAACACUGUUUAAAAUUAUUGAAGAAUUGUUACGAGGCGCUUCCAGACAAUGGAAAAGUGGUCUUGGCAGAGUGUAUACUUCCAGAGACACUAGACUCAAGCCUGUCGACCAAACAAGUAGUCAAUGUGGACUGCAUUAUGCUGGCACUACAACAAAUAUUAACAUUCUUAGCUCAUGAUAAACGCUAUAGUAGACCUUUCAUAGCAUUUUAUGAUCUGCUAUGUCAUCGGCAGCCAUCAUAGGUACC